GAUGGACAAAGUUCGCCAGGCUCACCAGGGCUCUGACCAACAAUCGUAAUCUGGUGCAGCAGCUGGCCCCGCUGAACAAGACCGCGGUCAGCCACAAGCCGUCCAGACUGGCUGAGGCUCUCCAGUUGGGAUCGGAUAUUCUCCCACAGUACAAGCAGGAGGCCCCCAAGACCCCCCCACACAUCAUUCUCCACUACUGCACCUUCAAGACCACCUGGGACUGGAUCAUCCUCAUCCUGACCUUCUACACCGCCAUCAUGGUGCCGUAUAACGUCUCCUUCAGGACCAAGCAGAACAACCUGGCGUGGCUGGUGGUGGACAGCGUGGUGGAUGUGAUCUUCCUGGUCGACAUUGUCCUCAACUUUCACACCACCUUUGUGGGUCCGGCUGGGGAGGUCAUCUCAGACGCCAAGCAGAUCCGGAUGAAUUACCUAAAGACGUGGUUCGUCAUUGAUCUGCUGUCCUGUCUGCCAUACGACAUCAUCAACGCCUUUGAACACGUGGAAGAGGAUUCGUCCCCGCAUCCUUCACCAGCGAGUCAUCUUCGGGAUUUUUCCCACUUUCACAGGAAUUCUACUCGAGCUGAAGACUCUGUUCUCCCGGGCCUCAGCAGCCUCUUCAGCUCCCUGAAA